AUAAGCGAAUGUUAAAACUGUAGGAACAACAAUUGAGAAUCCUCAUUGGUAGCAGCUUGUGCGUUCCGACAUCCAACAUGAAAAAGGUUACAUUCAUCUGCUUGUCGGUGAUUGGGGUGAUCUUAGUUCAACAUGGCGCAGAAGCGACGUGGAAGAAGGAAAAAGGGAAAGGUUCGGAUUAUAGUGGAGGAGACUACGGUGGAGGAGAUUAUGGCGGAGGUGGGUACGGUGCAGGAGGCUACAGUGGAGGAGGCUACCCUGGAGAACACGGAGGAAUGAAUUAUGGUGAUGAGAAAGGUCAUAGUACAGGACAUCACAAGGGACAUCAUAAAGGACACAAUAAAGGUGGAGGUGAGUAUGGUGGAGGUGAAUACGGAGGAUACGGAGCAGAAGGCGGAAAAGGUCACCAUAAGGGCCAUCACAAAGGGCACCACAAAGGCCACAACAAAGGCGGCGAUGGAUACGUGAGUCAGCAAUAUAACAGUCCGGCAGAAUCUUAUUCAUCACACGAUAGUGGUUACGGAGGUUUCGGAGGACAUGGAGAAUCGGCCGGAAACGAAUACGCACCUCCUUCCUUUCUCAGUAAUUUUCCUAAAGCGGGAGAUUUUUGGAACUAGAUAACCAUCAUAGUAUAUCUACCACUUGACGUGGUACAUAGUUUUUCUUGCCCGUCUUGUUUCAUUGCCCUUAUGUCACUAAUACAGAGAUUAUUAAGAA